GAGGUAGGCCCAGCAAGGAGCAAGGACUGGUAAGGAAUAAAGGCUAUGUAACCUGGUGAUUUGCUAGGUUGCCUCGCAGUUAUAAAACAUGGCGGCUUCAUGUGGUUUCUGGAGAAAGGCAUCUAGUUUUUUAUAUUUGCGACGCAACUGUAGAUCCAUUCUUCUUUCCACAAAUGUAAGCAUAAGGCCAUAUUCUAGCGCAACUGGAAGUACAGAGGACGAAAACUUCGAAGAAAUGUUGAGGAAUUCUAGGUUUGUCAAAUUGGGUCGACCUGAAGGAAAAAUAGUGGCUGGAAAAAUAACGCACAUCGUGGAUAACGGUGCGAAAAAAGAUUUGUAUAUAGACUUUGGCUGGAAGUUUCACGCGGUUUGUACGGAAGGGAGAAACAGAGCAAGGUAUAAACAUGAUGUUUGCCGUUGAAUUUAAAAGAAAUGAAAAUAAUUAAUUGGCGGGGUAGGGUGAUACCAUAAUUGUAGAAUCAAUAUGUAUAUUCUCCAUACUGUUCUCUUUACAUUUCCUUUGAUACUGACAAGGAAAAGUUAUUUAACUCUUUUACUCUCAAGAUCUGAUUGUUAAUUCUCUCCUCUAGCUGCGACACAUUUCCUUCCAAAUUAGUAAUGAGAAUUUGGUGUUAGAUUAAGAUAACAACUUCUACCUGAUAAGUUUGAAUAUACUCAUCACCUAUUUGCAGGAUAAUGUAAGGAUAUUAUAGGGAGAAGUUUCAUGUUGAUCACCUCUGGGAGUUAAAGGGUUAACAGUCCAGAAUAUUCUUAGUUUGUGAUCAUUUUCUAUUAUUUUUAUGACUUUUAAGUGUAAUCCAGCAGUGUUUCUGUAAGGAGUAAUUAGAUGUCACAUUUAGCUUAGUGUUUGAUUUUUUUUAACUUUCCUUGACUUCAUUAAGUGACCAAGAAAAAAUAUCUCCUCACAAAAUCAAUAAAAUGUCAAGCAGAUAAGUGACGAGAACAGAGAAAAUAUCAAUUAGGGGAUUAUCAGUUGAUAUAAUACCAAAUUCACCAAACUAACAUCAUAAGAAUUGUAUGGAAGAUAGUAAGGAGAAUUACUGAUGAGAUCGUGGGAGUGUAAGGGUUAAGAGUUUAAUGCCACAAUUCCAUUCAUAAUGCUUUUAUGCUUUCUUUUUUGUUUUGUUUUUGUUUCAGUUACUACAAUGUGGAUGACCUGGUAAGAAUAAAACUGAUUAAACUGGAAGCUGCAGAACAUUUUCUUGGUCAAACCAGACACAUAACAUUAUGCGAGGCUGAUGCUACUCUAGAGGGGAAGUUGGAUCCACUUUAUAGAUACAGUGUGUUGGAAAAGGAACUCAAUUGAUCAUUUGUGAAAUUCUCCACAAUAAUUUUUGAUGACAUUAAUGUAACAGUAAUAUUUUGUGAAUCAUUUCACUGUUUUCAUAUCUUGUUUUUAUGUCCUAAUGUGGCUGAAAUGAAUGGUUAUGUAGAGACUUGGGUUCCCAUCACUUGCCUACAACUGAAUAAUAACUUCAGGAAAAUGAUAUGAGUAACAUAAAUAUCUUAAAUUACCUUUAAUUGCAACUGCACAACAAACCUUUACACCCUAACUUAAGUAUGCAUUCUAUUCUAUUUACAUUUCCUGCAGUACUCACGAGAAAAGCGAGACUUUAACAAACAUAAAGUUCUUUAGUCAAUAACCAUUUCCUUAACUCUCAUUAUCUAAAUGUUUGAUUCUAGGAUGAUACUGAAAGGAGAAAUUAGAUAUUAGUCACUCUUAGGGGUUAAGGGAAUUUUUCAGGACAAAUUGCUGUUAAAGUGAUGACAAUAACUUGUUCCAUGAAGAUUCCCCUUGGAAAAUUGGGAAAAAACCUGAAAUGCACAAGAACUGUAAACAAAUGGAAGCAAUAUUAAUGCCUCAAUUUCCCAGAAGGUGCCAUUUUGGCUUAUAUGAUGUCAAACAGUUGCCACUAUUAUCAUUAGACAAUAGCUUGUGUUCGCAUGAGUCCCAUGCAAUGAGUUCAUUUAGAUAAGAGUGGUGAUUAUAAAGCAUGCAGGCCAUAAAUCUAAGUGGAAAAUAUGAGGUUCUGGUAUUUUGAGUACAGACCAAGAAAACAAGGUUAGUGAGAUAUUAAUAAUUUCUCUGAAGCUUUUGAAUUUAGUAGGCUGCACUGUGAAAUAUGGCCUGUUAAAUUGACCAAUAAUAACACACAUACUUUAUGGUUCAGUUCAGUAAAGUACAACAGACUAUCAGCUACAGUGUAUGUAUUAGCCAUGAUAAAACCCUCAUUCAGUAGAGAGGAUGCUUUGUAAAGCAGAUUAUGUUAUAUAUUAAUGUUACUCUUAAUAAUAUUAUCAUGCGAUUAAAUUAAUUUCAUUGUCUUGGAAAGUUGUCAAUUAUGAUAAGUUUGUAAUAAUUGUGAGACCCAGUUCCAUUUUAAAAAAAUAAGUUCCCUUUGGGAAUAAACUGGCUAAAAUUUGGUAUUCUGUAGUUUCAAACAAAUUUCUCAAAAAUAUAUAAUUAUCCUUACUUGGAUAUAAUCCCUGCUUUUUGUAACAUACUUGCAUAAAGGAACUUUCCUUUUUUCACACUAGUACCUUUAACCUUACAUUGUUUGUGGAUAUUUAAAACUUUGAACGAUAAAUAAAAUAACUUAGUUACCAGUAACUGUUCUCUAUAAUGCAUUGCUGCAUGCAUUUUGGUGCACACUGUAUUUCAUGAAUAAGCACUCAAGCC